AUGGAAGAGGCAAACGGAGCACCAGGGGAGAAUAGGCCAAAUCCCGGCGAGCCUCCAAGGGAAACGGGUGGGGUCAUGAAGGUGAUAGCAGUCGGAGGAUGGUGGCUGCAAACGCCGAUCAACGGGGUGUUUGGGAUUGUGCUUCUUCGAUUGGAGGAGGAAUGGUCUCGGUGGGGUUUAGCAGAUCGCGACUUUAGGGGUGUUGCUCCGACCGAAAGAAAUAAGAGAAGGAGAAAGGUUGUCAUGGCCUAUGGGGUGGAAGAAGAAGGACCAACAUCAAUGAUAUCCAUUCAGGAAUCAAGAUUAGAUAUCUCGACGGUUUCCAUCCAACAAUCAGCAUCCUAUCAACAAAUACCGUCAAUUACCGCCACCAACAUCAACAGCCUGUCUGAGAAAUUUCGGAUUUUGGUUCCAUUCACGAAUCAAGAUUCGAUUUAUCCACGAUUUCCAUCCACAAAUCAAUAA